CUCACUAGUGGUCCUCCAGCUGGUGCUCGAGAAACACUCGGGUUCACCCACAAUCACUUACAUAAUACUCAUAGAUGCAACCCACAGCAGUCAUCUAAGACCCAGGUACUUACUACUACGUGAACAGGGGCAACAGGUGUAAGGAAAUAUGCCCAACGAUUCCACCCAUGCCUGGGAUUGAACCUCCUGACAUCCAGUAUGUGAGCUGAGCAUGUUAUCAACUGAGCCUCAGGUCCACAAUCAACCAGGUUUCUUUGACUAAGGAACCCCAGCUUCCAUGGCAAUGGUGGCUCUAAGCAGUUUACAGUUGAUGUUGGGACUCCUACUGAAAUCUACUACAGCAUCCAUUAUUAGUGUCACCUUUGAUGGUGCACUUUACAGUCUUCAUGAUGGAUUGGCCAAAAACUGGGUUGCUAGAGGCAAUUUUACUGACAAUAUUUUUGUUGAUGGAUGGAGUUACCUUGAGUUAGAAACGAAUCCUGUGUUCCCUGAUGCUGUUCAAGCCUUUGCUGCAGGCUUUGCUGAAGGAGCAGCUACUCAUGAUUUGAUUUACAAAUCAUAUAGGAAUACAUUGGAAGGCAUUUGUGAAUGGAAAUCGAAGAAGUUUUGUGAUAACAUGCGCAAAUUCCUCAAUGAGAAUAUGCUGUGGAUGAAAUCUAUGAUUGCACUGAACAAGAAGAGCUGCCCAGUUUGGCACAAUGUUGAUUUGAUCCUGACACAGAUGAAUGGUCUCUCAAUGGGAUAUAAUAAGACAGCUGAGAACCCCAUGGAUCCUGAUUCAAUUUUAUGGCUAAAUUUAAUGGGUGAUCUGGAGGAUCUGGAAGCAGCCCUUGACCCAAGCAUUCAUAAUAUUAACUUUGAAGAUUGGGUGAAGAGUGGACAGUUUCGUGGAGAUGGUCAUUGCUCAGCGCUCAUUAAGCUUCUUCCAGGCAACACUGACCUCUAUGUUUCACAUGUUACUUGGAACACGUACCAAUCCAUGUUGAGAAUUCAGAAAAAGUACAUUUUUCCUUUUCGCCGCACUGGAUCAUCAGGACCUGAAGAUAUGAAUCCUGGCCACACAGUUGCAUUUUCAUCAUAUCCUGGUAUAUUGUUUUCAGGAGAUGACUUUCAUAUAUUGUCUACUGGUCUUGUCACUCUGGAAACUACUAUUGGCAACAGUAACCCAGCACUCUGGAAGAAUAUUACAGCAACUGGAGAGCUGCUAGAAUGGAUCCGCACAAUUGUUGCCAAUCGUAUAGGUGAGAAUGGAAAGAACUGGACACACUACUUCUCCAUGCAUAACAGUGGCACAUACAACAACCAGUGGAUGGUGGUUGACUACAAACUAUUCAAACCCACAAAACACAUCAGACCUAAUACGUUAUGGGUAUUGGAGCAACUUCCUGGGCUCGUUGUUGGACGUGACCAGUCACAAAUCCUACGAAAGCAGUCGUACUGGCCCAGCUACAAUGUUCCUUUCUACCCAAAUAUUUUCAAUCUAAGUGGUGCUCCAGCAAUGGUAAAACAAUAUGGAGAUUGGUUUACCUAUGACAAGACUCCUAGAGCUCUAAUCUUCAAACGUGAUCACACCUCAGUCAAAAAUAUUCGUACAAUGAUAAAACUUAUGCGGUACAAUGACUUCAAGCAUGAUCCUCUUGCACACUGCAAUUGCACCCCUCCAUAUAGUGCAGAAAAUGCAAUUUCUUCUAGAAAUGAUCUUAAUCCCAAGAAUGGAACUUACCCAUUUAGUGCCCUCGGCCAUCGAUCUCAUGGAAGUACCGAUAUGAAGAUCACAACUGCAAAAAUGGCACAGAAUCUCCACUUCCUUGCAGCCAGUGGCCCUACAUACGAUCAACAGCCAGUUUUUCAGUGGAGUAAGCAAGACUUUGCCAAUAAUACUCCACACUAUGGACAUCCAGAUGCGUGGCAAUUUCCAGUAAUUAGUCACAAGUGGCUGUGGUAAUGUAGUUUCUUGCUAUAAAUUUGCAUUGCAUUGUGAAUUGGGAAUUUCUUAACAAAAAUAAAUGCCUAACAGUAAUUCAUUUACUUCUCACUAUAUUUCCAGCUGUAUGCAGAAGACCGAAUAUUUUUGAGGAGAUUUCUAUUCCACUUCCAUGGGGAAGUGGAACAGAAUUCUUCCUGUCAUAAGAAGUGACUAAAAUGCCAUGAGCAGGGGGCUAGUAAUCUCUUCUCCUGUAUACGUUAUUAAAUUUAAGAAGAAA